AGGGUGUAUAGCGAGAACGUUUUACGAACAUGCUCGCCUGUGCCUUGAUUGUUUUGCAUGCCUUAAAAUAUGGCUGCAGCGAUCGCCGAAGUAACAGCAGAUGAUAAAGCCGGCAUGCUAAAACAUUUGCUGUUUGAUUACUUCUUCACCAGAGCAUCAUGCCAGUUUGAGGGAACUCAAUAUACAAGACGAGCUGAUCCUGAAAAACUUCAAGAAGUCUUUAACAAAUAUGCAAGUGUGGAAAAAAAUGGAGAACGUUUUAUGACACCAGAAGAUUUUGUGCGAAAGUUUUUGGGUGUUUAUAAAGAUCCGAAUUAUAAUCUGAAAACUGUGAAUCUCUUAGGCAGUAUAUUGGACACUUCAAAGGAUGGGCUCAUAUCAUUUCUGGAAUUUGAAGCUUUUGAAGCUGUGCUUUGUCGUCCUGAUGCAUUAUAUAUUACAGCUUUUCAACUUUUUGACACAAAUGGUUCUGGCACAAUCACAUUUGAUGAAUUUGAAGAAAUUAUCAAGCAUACCACUCUUCACCAGGAAAUACCUUUUAAUUUCAAUAGUGAAUUUUUACGGUUGCACUUUGGUGCAGACAAGCAACGUGAAAUCAGCUAUAAUGAAUUUACACAGCUUCUGCAUGAUUUUCAUGAAGAACAUGCUAUUCAAGCUUUUCAAAGGUAUGACAAAAAGAAAAAAGGUUUUAUUUCAGCUAUGGACUUCAGCCAUAUUAUGAUGUCUGUUAAAAAUCACUUAUUAAGUGAGGAUGUGAAGCGUAAUUUAGUUGGUGCAGCUGGUGGCACAGCCGGUCAUCAGGUUUCUUUUCCAUACUUUAUGGCUUUUAAUACAUUAUUAAAUAAUAUGGAAUUAGUAAAAAAAGUGUAUUUAAAUUUUACAAGAAACAAUAUUGCCUUGGAAGUAACAAAAGAAGAGUUUUUGUAUGCAGCACAGCAAAUGUCCCAGAUCACCCCCCUAGAAGUAGAUGUCCUCUUUCAGUUAGCAGGAUUUCUUCAUGCAGAUACAGGGCGUGUAACAUAUGAUGAUUUAGAAUUAAUAGCACCUCAUAGGCCUACAAAGUUUUUAUCUAGACCACUUGCUGAAAUGAAAGCUGUACAAAGUCCUGCUGAGAGAGGUGUUGGUAUACAAAUAUUGGAAAGUGUAUAUCGAUUUGUUUUGGGUUCAUUUGCUGGAGCUGCUGGUGCUACUGUUGUGUAUCCUAUAGAUCUUGUAAAAACAAGAAUGCAGAAUCAAAGGACAGGAUCCUAUAUUGGAGAACUUAUGUAUAGAAAUAGUUUUGAUUGUGCAAAAAAAGUAAUUCGUCAUGAAGGUUUCACUGGACUGUAUAGAGGUUUAAUACCACAGUUAGUAGGUGUUUGUCCAGAAAAAGCAAUAAAACUGACCAUGAAUGACCUGGUUCGUGAUAAAUUAACAAAUUCUAAAGGUGAAAUCCCAUUAUGGGGUGAAAUAUUAGCUGGUAGCUGUGCUGGAGCUUCUCAAGUCAUGUUUACAAAUCCUUUAGAAAUUGUUAAAAUACGUCUCCAGGUAGCUGGUGAAAUUGCAGCUGUUGGUCAGAAAGUUCGUGCCUUGACAGUUAUACGAGAUCUAGGCUUUACAGGUUUGUACAAGGUAUGUUAUUAUGUAUAUGCUGAAAACAUAAACAUACAAGAUGUAUUGUUUUUAAUUUGA